AGAGGAAGCACGGCAAGCAGGGGGAGCACAUCACUGCAAGGAGAGAGGGAGCACAGCGCUGGAAGGAGGAGGAGGAGAGAGACCAAGGCCAAGGCAAGGCUAGCAGCCUGUGGAAGCAGGGUGCCCUGGUUCUCUCCUCUCCUGCCCCACGCUGUAGCAUCAGAAUGGGCUGCACGGCGGGACACCCGGCCUGCCAGCCCCAGUCCCCCGGAGCCUGUGGAGUGUCCGCUGCCGAGAGCCACAGCGUAGGACCAGAGGAGCUAGGCCCCAAAGCUCCAGACGUGCUGUCCUCUCUGGAGCGACUCUCCCAAGCCACAGGUGGGGUGGAGAAGUCCUGGUACCGCUGUAUUUUCCCCUUCGGCAUAAUCUCCCUGGUGAUCGGCAUCGCGGGAACGGGCGUCAGCUACACCUACAAUGAUCUCCCACAGACCAAGGUGGUGUCUGUGGUGCUGCUGGUGACCGGGUUGAUCCUGAUCAUAAUGGCCACACUCUGCUGGACAGCCCACAAGAAGAAACGCAGGAAAAAAAAGCAAGGAGCGUCCGAUAGUUCUGAGCAGUGCCCACUAUGACGGGGGGGCAGUUGGAAGAUGACAGAAACGAAGCAAAAAGGAUGAAAGGCAUUGGGGAGCAUGUUUGGUGGUUUUUGACUCACAGCAUCCCUCUUUAGGAUUCUUUUUUUUUUUUUUGAUUCUGCUGAUGAGCUCUGUCCACCGACUAACUCAGGAGAAGCACCAACUGAGAAAUGCCAAAAAAAAGUGUACGCACAUUUUUUUUUUUGGCGUAAAAGUCUCAUUUGAACACACUCAAGGAUUGGAGUGGAAACACUUUUAAGUGGCGAGGGGAGGGGCACAUGCAGUUUACCGUCACAGAGCAGGUGUCUAGUGUCAAAACAAGCCAGAAGAAGCAGCACACUCUUACACGCACACACACUCUCUCUCUCUCUCUCUCUCUCUCUCUCUCUCUCUCUCUCU